CCACCACCAACAUGUGAAGCCCACGCGCCAACAGCACGCGUUGCGCAAACCAUGUACCACCUCUUCAAGUCCAUAUACCUGCAUGCAACGAGCAAAGAAGAGUACUCGGUCCUGCUCCUCGGCCUUGACAAUGCUGGUAAAACAACUCUCCUCGAGCAAAUAAAAGGCACAUAUACCUCGUCCAACGCCAACCUCCGCACCGUGCCCACUGUGGGCCAAAACGUCGCUACUAUUGCCCUCCCACCGCCAAACCCGCCCAUCUACCUCAAGAUAUGGGACGUCGGCGGCCAGCAUAGCCUCCGCGGCCUAUGGCAGUCUUACUACAGCAGCUGCCAUGCUAUAGUUUUUGUUAUCGACAGCAGCGAUGUGGGAAAUGCGACGCUAGCGGAUCUGAGCGCGAGCAAUGCGGCGAGCAAUGAAGAUAUAGGCAGGCUAGAUGAGUGUAAGCUUGUGCUGGAGAGCGUGCUGGCCAAUGAAGAGGCGAGUGGUGUGCCCAUACUUAUUCUGGCGAAUAAGCAAGACAGAGAGGAUUGUGUGGAGGUGGUUAGGAUCAAGGAGGGGUUUGUGCGGAGGGUGUUUGAGGGCGAGAAGGGAGGCAAUAUGAGGGAUAGCAGAGUGUUGCCCUGUAGUGCGCUUACGGGUACGGGUGUGCAAGAGGCAGUUGAAUGGCUGUGCAGCAGGAUGGCUUUCAAUAAGGAGGCGAGACCGCCGGUUAUGCGGUAGCUGUGAUGCUUCUCGGAGAUUGGACAGCAUUGAUAUACCCUGUGGCGGCCGACUGAGGGUUUCUACCUCGUGGAGUCCUGGAAGAGACGGUCAAAUCCUUAUGUAAUAUAUUGUAUGAAACCUAUGACCUCCAGGCAAUCUGACCAAGACCAAACAAUCCAAACACUUCACGACAGCAAGGCUCAUUGUACACACGAAACAAUAUCCAGCAAUUCAACUAUCA